ACUUUCAUACAGUACACUCUACAGUACACUCUACAGUACACUCUACAGUACAUUACGCAGUACACUACGCAGUACACUCUACAGUACACUCUACAGUACACUCUACAGUACAUUAUACAGUACACUCUACAGUACACUAUACAGUACAUUAUACAGUACACUAUACAGUACACUAUACAGUACAUUAUACAGUACACUAUACAGUACAUUAUACAGUACACUAUACAGUACAUUAUACAGUACACUAUACAGUACAUUAUACAGUACACUAUACAGUACAUUAUACAGUACAUUAUACAGUACACUAUACAGUACAUUAUACAGUACAUUAUACAGUACACUAUACAGUACAUUAUACAGUACAUUAUACAGUACAUUAUACAGUACACUAUACAGUACAUUAUACAGUACAUUAUACAGUACAUUAUACAGUACACUAUACAGUACACUAUACAGUACAUUAUACAGUACACUCUACAGUACACUAUACAGUACAUUAUACAGUACACUAUACAGUACAUUAUACAGUACAUUAUACAGUACACUAUACAGUACAUUAUACAGUACACUAUACAGUACACUAUACAGUACACUAUACAGUACAUUAUACAGUACAUUAUACAGUACACUAUACAGUACAUUAUACAGUACAUUAUACAGUACACUAUACAGUACAUUAUACAGUACAUUAUACAGUACAUUAUACAGUACACUAUACAGUACAUUAUACAGUACAUUAUACAGUACACUAUACAGUACAUUAUACAGUACACUAUACAGUACAUUAUACAGUACACUAUACAGUACAUUAUACAGUACAUUAUACAGUACACUAUACAGUACAUUAUACAGUACAUUAUACAGUACACUAUACAGUACAUUAUACAGUACAUUAUACAGUACACUAUACAGUACAUUAUACAGUACAUUAUACAGUACACUAUACAGUAC